UGCCUCUUGUAACAUCAGCAGUACAGAAGUUCGCUGAACGUUAAAGAUGCUACAAGCUUUACUUAGUGUGGAUCCUUUGACUGUCGCACUUGGUACAUUAGGUCUGCUGUUUCUCCUAAAGCUGAUUUAUGUCCCCAGCAACAGUCCUCCAGGACCUACCGGGUAUCCACUGGUGGGAAACUUUCCGCUCGUCCUGUCUGGAAAGAGAAGUGACACAUUCAGAAAACUUCAGCGUAAGUAUGGAGAAGUAUUUCGUUUACAGCUUGGAAGCAGACGCAUGGUGGUCAUUAGCGGGUACAAUGCUCUGAGGGAGGCGUUUGUGAAGCAUGGGGAUGUGUUCUCAGAAAGGCCAGAGGACUACGUUUUCAAGCGUUUCAGCAAUUACAAAGGCAUUGUUGCUAGUUCUGGAGAAUAUUGGAAGCAUACACGGACAUUUUCCUUUGCUGCUCUCAAGAAGUUGGGGUUCGCAAAUAGGUCUUUGGAGUCCAAGAUUAUGGAGGAAGUUUCCGUGUUUCUUGAAAUUAUUCGUGAAAAGAAAGGAGAAGCAUUUUCGAUCCAACCUACCGCUCACCUCAGCGUUUCUAACAUCAUGUGUAGCAUGACAUUCGGCAAGCGAUUCCAACAUGAUGACAAGGAAUUCAAUGAGCUCAUGAAAAUGACAAAUAGACAUAUAGCUUUGAUUGAAAAAUCCGCCAUCUCCAAUUUUUUCCCAAUACUCAGAUAUCUGCCAGGGGACCUUACACAUAUUGAAGAAUUGUGCUCCAAUGUCGGUAACAUUAAAAGUUUCCUACAGCUCCAGAUCGAGCAGCACCGAGCGACUUUUGACGGGGAAAACAUCAGGGAUUUCAUUGAUGCAUUCCUUAAAGAACAGAACGAUAAAGGGACAUCUGGCAUCUUUGACGAUGAAAACCUGAUGAUAUUGACGUUAAACUUGUUUAAUGCUGGCACUGCGACAAUAGCGGUCACGAUCAGCUGGGCAAUCCUGUUUCUCAUUCACCAUCCAGACGUGCAGACGAAAUUACGUCAGGAGAUAGAGGAUGUCAUAGGAUUUUCUCGACCUCCGGCUCUGGCGGAUAGGGCGGAAAUGACAUACACUGAUGCAUUCAUACACGAGACAUCACGGAUGGGCAAUAUAUCACCAUUUUCUCUACUACAUGGAGUCAAACACGACACGACAUUCAAAGGGUACAAAAUAUUUAAGGAUGACCUCGUGUUGCCUAACCUUGAUUCAGUCAUGUUCGAUGAAACCCUGUUCGAAGAUCCCAACUCAUUCAAUCCAGAAAGAUUUAUCGGUAAAGACGGGAAACUCAAUGGAAAAGAGCGAGCUGUUCUUGCAUUUUCGUUAGGAAAAAGAAUGUGCAUGGGUGAGAGUGUAGCGAAGAUGGAACUCUUCUUGUUUCUGACGUCGUUGGUACAAAAGUUCAAGCUGCUACCGGAAAAUGAUGAAAAGCUACCUUCGCUUGAAUCAAACCCUGGCAUUAUAUAUUUUCCUAAUGACUUUAAGUUCAAAUCGGUGGAAGUAAAAUAAUAUUUUUUCAUGCAUAUGAAUUAACCAGAUUUAUAAGGGAAUAAUGCUUGGACAUAAAGAACGAAUUGCUUUUUAACCAAAUAUUACAGGUCCAUCACCGGAAAAGCACUCAACAACAUAACUUAUUAGAUCAAUAUACUCUCUUUUAUGCAGCAAGCAGUUAUUCACACAUAUAAAGUGCUAUGAGUAUUAACUUUUACUUCUAUUGUUCAAAUGUGUUUGGUCAUGUUUCAAGGGAGGUAACAUUUAUUGAUUUAUUUGUACCAAAGGAGGCACCAGCAUAAAUUGAAGAAAGCGGAGGAACCAGGGAAAAGAAAGAAAAGAUACUGAUGUUAAUUUGUAACGAAACAGCAGAUCCAUUUUGUUCUCUUCAAGGUCCCGUUAGCAUAAUAUUUUUGGCAUACAAUUGAACAGAAAAAAGAACGGGUACAUAUAAUUAUGGCAAGCCAAGUUGUCAUUUAUUCAUGGAGCAAUGUUG